AUGGCAACAGCAGCUACAGCCGUACCCUCUGCCCCUCUCAAAUCACGAUACGAAGCUCACUAUGAUCCCACGCUCAUCCUCAAACAUCCAGAGUUCAAAUUGCUCUCGGACGACGCACCAGAGCUACAGGAUAAGAACGCCAACAUAGCAUGUGCCUAUAACCCCGCUCACGAGGUUCAUCUCAUGAACAAGCCUAGACCGAAAGUUGGGUUUGGAGAAGCGGUCGUUCAUGUUAAAGCGACGGGUAUCUGCGGAUCCGACGUCCAUUUCUGGAAACAUGGUGCGAUAGGACCUACCAUGAUAGUUCGUGAUGAGACUGGAGCCGGCCACGAGUCAGCAGGAGAGAUCAUCGAGGUUGGUGAAGGUGUGAAAGAUCUUAAAGUUGGAGACAGAGUAGCUAUAGAGGCUGGUGUACCGUGUGGUCAAGCGGAUUGUGAUCCAUGUAGAACAGGAAGGUAUAAUGCUUGCCAACGUGUCGUAUUCUUUUCCACUCCACCAUACCACGGUACCCUCACUCGAUUCCAUGCUCAUCCUGCUGCAUGGUUGCACAAACUCCCCGAUAACGUUUCAUUCGAAGAGGGUUCACUCUGUGAGCCUUUGGCAGUAGCUUUGGCAGGAUUGGAACGAGCUGGUACGAAAUUAGGUGAUCCAGUGGUGAUUUGCGGUGCCGGCCCAAUCGGACUCGUCACUCUGCUCGCAGCCCACGCAUCAGGCUGUACCCCCAUCGUCAUCACCGACCUUGUCGCUUCCCGACUCGAAUUUGCAAAGAAGCUCGUCCCCACCGUCAAGACCGUGCAAAUCCAGAGAGAGUGGAAGCCAGAGGAUGUAGCUGAGAAGAUCAAAGAGGCUGCAGGGACUGGACUCAAAAUAGCAUUGGAAUGUACCGGUUUUGAGAGUUCUAUCAGAGCUGCUAUCUACUCUCUUCUUUUCGGUGGAAAAGUAUUCGUUAUCGGAGUGGGACCUACUGAACAGAGCUACCCAUUCGGAUACUGCUCCGCCAACGAGAUCGACUUGCAAUUCCAAUAUCGAUACGCCAAUCAAUACCCCAAGGCAAUUCGAUUAGUCUCAGGUGGUCUCAUCAACUUGAAACCUUUGGUCACCCAUCGAUUCCCAUUGGAGCAAGCAGUGAAGGCUUUCCAUGUUGCCGCGGAUCCCAAGCAGGGUGCUAUCAAAGUGCAGAUCACGGAUUAG